AUGGCUGAACCGAUCGGCUUGGCCUCUGGCCUGCUCGCCUUGACAACGUUUGCAUUCCAGUGUAGCGUUUCGCUCUAUGAGACCUUCAAAAGCUUUCAGUCUCGCCAAAAGCGUGUACGCGACCUAUUGGAGGAACUUGAGGCACUCAGUGCCGUGCUUUCUUCGCUUGUCGCUUUGAUCCAAGAAAACUCACACAUAAAUAUCUCGUCUUUGGAGCUGCCUCUCCUGCGCUGUGGCAAUACUUGUCAAGAGUUUGAAGAAGUUCUUCUUCAAUGCUCAUCACGCUCGGGUGGCAGUCGAACGAGCUUUCGUGGCUGGGCCAACCUGAAAUAUAUGGGGGACGAUAUCGAUGGUUUCCGAAACCUGCUGGCAGGGUACAAAGCCACUAUUAAUAUUGCUCUCACUGACAUAACUCUACGUCAAUCCUCGGCGACUGCCGAAGAUCUCAGGGAGUACAAAGAACUUAUACAAGAUACCAAGGAGGACCUCGAGGCUCGGCUAGAGAGUAUUGACUCAAAGCUUGCAAGUGUAAUUGGGAAAGAGCUAGCACCGUCUGAUCCAGAUGCUACUGAGCUGCGGUCGCUACAAGUGGAACGUCUAAGCACCGAAAAAUGCCUCCAGAUCUGUGCCCAGCUUUCUGAUCACAUAAGACAUAUCCGCAUCGAUUCGGACCGACUUAGCGCCUCGACUGCCUCUAGUGGUGUAGGUACUUCGCCGGAAGGUGUAACUAGCCAAGGACUCGAGGAAUGCAAAAGCAGCUUGGCCGUAACAACUGCUAAGCUGGAAAAGCACAUGCAGGAAGUGAUGGAACGGCUGCUUGCAAAAUCGAAGAAGGCCGUCUCGUCCGAGGAAGAGUCUCGAGAUCUGGAAAGGCUGCGCGACGAGUGGGAGACCGCUCGGCAGUGCUUGAGCAUCUGCUCUAAAGCCGACGAUCACUGGAAGACCAAAGUGAGUGUUAUUGAAAAUCAUGGCUCGGGUGACGCUCUUCAGUUCAUGGUUUCCGCCAACGGAAAGGUCCUCCACGGAAAGAAUCGUGCGACUGGUUGGAGAACGAGGCAGGUGGGAGGCUACAUGAGCGAUGAAUCCAUUCAGCAGCUAUCGCGGGAUAUUGUGACUUUCAAUUUAAGCCACCUGAGACCCGAAGUGCCGAAUUUGAAAAAGAACGCAGAUGAGCCUUCGCCAAGUCAGGAUGACACUGUCGAGCGCGAAAUGACAGCAGAAUUCAGACAACGGUAUGGACAUGGGUUCAAGCUCAGUUCAGAGACUUCAUCAGAGGUAACCGCCUCGUCUCCUGGACCGGAUAGUGGAAGGGCGUAG